UCUCAAUUCUCAGUACCACUGUAAGGUUCUCUCUGCAUUUUGAGCAGCAAUGGCAGGAGCUUUGAUCGAUGUCAAUCCUACGCCGAUCUUGAAGGAUGAGCUUGAUAUUGUGAUCCCGACGAUUCGAAACCUGGACUUCUUGGAGAUGUGGAGGCCGUACUUCGAGCCCUACCACCUGAUCAUAGUCCAGGACGGUGACCCGUCGAGAACCAUCAAGGUCCCAGAUGGCUUCGACUAUGAGCUCUACAAUUGGAACGACAUCAACCGCAUUCUGGGUCCCAAGGCCUCUUGCAUUUCCUUAAAGGACUCUGCUUGCCGCCGCUUUGGCUACUUGGUCUCUAAGAAGAAGUACAUCUUUACCAUGGACGACGAUUGCUUUGUAAGCUCCCUCUCUUUCUCUAUCUGUGUGAUUGCUUGGACUUGUUCAAUGUUUCGGGUUGCCAAAGACCCAUCUGGGAAAGAGAUCAAUGCACUCGAACAAAAUAUAAGAACCUGCUAA